UUCUUUGGGUCAAAGGUUAAACUUGUAGCAACAAGAAGAAUCCUGAAUCGCACAAGGAGAUGGGACUUUCUUGAAGCUUAGACCACGUCUAGGACAACAGUAAGGAAAUCAGCGACAAAAUAGACUAGCUGAAUAAUCUUCCCGUUAACUCCAAGACAGAAGCGGAGAUUCUAGAUCAAAUGCGGAAGCAUGGAAGUUAGAAGAUCACCGAGAAAGAAGUCUCCGUCGCCCAUCUCAUCAAGUGUCUACACGACUUCGAGCGGUUCUAGCGACUCUAGCGAAGAAGAGACUCAAGAAAAACCAAAGCCAAAAGAUAGAGACUAUAAACCGAGUCACCCAGAGCCUGGUAGUAGCUGUAGCAGCGCUGGCAGUACUCCCAAGAAGAAGAGAAGAAGAAAAGAAAGUCCCGUGGAGGAAGAAACCGUGAGAAGUGAAAGCGAAGACGGGUCCAGAAGUGACCCGCUGGAGCUGCAGUCCAAUCUGUCAGGAGUGCCAAGGAAACGAAAUCAGCUCAGGAGUCGCCAGGCGAGAUGGAGGAAAGGGUUGAGUGAAGUUGCUGUCCGGGAUUACGACCACUCCAUGGUGAAAGGCUUCCUCCAACAGGUGUCUGCACUCCAACGGAAGAACUUCAGUGUGGAAUCAUGGGAUAGUGAUGACAUCAGCAGUGAUGAUGAUCAUGAUGACAACAGUCCUCUCAGGUAG